UGGAUACAUGUCUUAAGAUGCACCCAAUAAUACGAAGAAAAACAACAAUCAUUAACCUCAAUAUUUAUCUGUGAUGUAAAUAAAAUAUAAAAAUAUUCGGAGUUAACUUUUGUAAGAAUAUUUAAAACUAUACUAUGUUAAGAUACAUCAAAACCACUUUGAAGAAAACAAAUACAUUGGUUGUUGCCUGUAGAUUAUGUGGUUCAGUUGCAAAUAAACAUGAAUUGAUAACAUCUCCGAACUGUAGUGAAACAAGGUUAUUGAAAGUUGCUGUGAUAGGAAUGCCGAAUGCUGGUAAAAGUACUUUCAUCAAUAAUUUGAUGGAUAGGAAGGUUUGUGCCACAUCAGCUAAAGUUCAUACAACAAGAAACAAAGCAAAAGCCAUAUUUACGGAAGAUGAUGCACAAAUUAUAUUCGUUGAUACUCCUGGAGUUGUAAGUGACAGAGAGCAUAAAAAGUAUAAUCUUCAGAAAACGUUCAUCAGGGAUAGCAAAAAUGUUUCUAAAGAGGCUGACAUCAUUGGAGUAAUACAUGAUGUUACUAAUAUUUGGACUAGAGAAAAAUUGGAUAUAAAACUAAUAAAGUUAUUGGAUAUGCACAAAAGAAAGCCAAGUUUUCUGGUACUUAACAAGGUAGAUGCAUUGAAAUCUAAGAGAAAAUUGUUAGAUUUAACAAGGCAAUUGACAGAAAAUUGUAUAAAUGGUAAACCCAUACCUGGAGGAAAACCUAUGAAGAAAGAGGAUGUUGAGAAUAAGGGGUGGCCGUUUUUUCAGGAGAUUUUCAUGGUUUCAUCAUUGACAGGUGAUGGACUUGAAGAUGUGAAAAAAUUUUUAAUCGAUAAUGCAUUACCCGGAGAAUGGCUAUUUCCAAAGGACAUUUGGACUGACCAAGAAAUAGAAACCAUAAUCACAAAUACCGUUAGAGCCACCCUAUUAGAUUUCAUUCCACAAGAAAUUCCGUACUCGCUGAAACCGGAGGUGGAAUAUCUCAAUGUUGAGAAUGGUUUAAUAACUACAGUUGUACUCAUUAAUUGCCCUUCCAUGAGGAUAACAAAACUUGUAGCUGGAGCAUCGGAUGGAAAACUGAAACAAAUUACAGAAGCUAUUCAAAAAAAUUUACAAGAUGCUUUUCACAAUAAUAUCAGAAUAAAAAUUGUGUUGAUUUCUCCUGAAAAAGAUAAAAAAUAAAGAACUUAUGAAUUCGUUUA